AUGGAUGAUUUAUAUACUAACGCUUGGGGUGACCCCGCAGAGGCUCUUCCAGCACUGAAGUUAUCCACUAGCUCAGCCUCGUCCUGGCGUUCUCCCAAGCCUAAUCCUCCUGAAGACGAAGCCGAUCUUGCAGCACCCUCUUGGUCGACUGGCGCGGAGAUCAAAUGGGAUGAACCUUCCGAGGGUGCUGGCUUUUCCUGGACUCAGACAGACCCCGACCUUGCUUGGAGCACAAGUACGGUCCAGGAUAUUCAGCUCGGGAAACCCGCGGAUACCCCACAGACAGAAGAAGAAGAAGAUGAAGUAUUAGGAGUCUUACCUGCACCGUCUCUUUAUGCUGCUGAAAUUGAAGUUGUGAAGGAGGAAUAUUUCCCGUCUACUUUGCCCGUGGAAGAAGAGGUCCUGGCUACUGCUGCGCUGUCCCCGGUGUUUGCGCCUCCCUCGCCUACGCCUGAUCAAGACGGUUUCGGCACGUUCGAGUCAGCAGUCAGUCCAAACGCAAACACCCCAAUAUCUGUGGAACACAGCGAGCAUCACGUGGAUGAGUGGGGAGCAGCAUGGGCAAGCGCACCGCCUGCUGCUCAAGACGAGCCUGAAGAUGAGUGGGAGACAGCGACACGACAGAAAGCCCAGCAAGACCGCAGAGUUCCUCCCGAAGUCCUGAAAUCUAUAGUUAAUGAAUGUGAACAAUUUGCUCGUGUUGUCUGGCCCGAAGCAACACCCGAAGCAAAUGGUGAAGCGAAUGGGUGGAAGAACAGCUGGCGAGGCGGUCUUGAGGAUGUUGAAGGUCUCGACUCAUUUUUACAGACGUUCCUCCCAUCUCUAUCCCUUCAGCCGCCGGCGAAGUUUGGUGAAACCGCUAUUGCCAAAGGCAUGGCAACAUCUGUUCGUCUGACGAGGAAUCUUUCUAUCACGAGCAGUAGUCCGAUGUCGCAUUAUCUUGCAGCGAAGGGCUCUACUGCGUGGGAGGUGGCAGUAAAGGAACGCAAGGAAGUUGUGGAGGAUGAUGUGCCUGUCGGAUGGCGGAUCUUGGAGAAGGAACUUGCUGUCGGAGCAUCUGACAGUGCCGCUGACGCUAACAAGAAUAAAAGGUCUUCCAGUCGCCUCUUCUCGUUUUGGGGUCGGAAGGAACCCACGAUAUCGUCACACACUCGGUCAUCGUCGCUUAAAGAUGUCGUUGAUCCAUCCCUAUCUGAGGUUCAGAGCCCGAAUGGUUUGGUAGAGGUGAGCGCUAGCACACACUCGAGGCAGGCGAGCCAGGAGAGCGGUCGCUCGCCUACAAGAGCGAGUGUUGACAAGGAUGCAUCUCCUGUAAACGCCUCGCUUUCUCCAGUGCCCGUCCAGUCUACAGUGUCUGCUCCCACCACUGUUUCGCCACCACCACAAAUGUCUUCGUAUUCAACCGCUGAGGUCAUUGAUACACCUUCUCUACCGGCGCCUUCAGCUGUAUCGCGUUUCUUGAACAGAUUUUCCCGAAAUAAAGGACCACCAGGUGCUAGCAGUGCGCGGAGCUCGCUCGCACUUACAUCUGACGAUCUCGAAUUUCUCUCGGAUCUGGUCCCAAGCGCAAGCGAUGACGGAGAUGAUGACCAUGUUGACCAUUUGAAGGCUCUGACCAGUGUAGUGAAGCCACAGUCGCUGCCUCCGAUCCUGCCUCCGCCUCCAUCGGUGGUCUCUCAAAAUGCCCGGGCUCCCAGCAGUGUCGGUAGUGCGGCUCAAUCCGCUGUAGACAGCUUAGACUCCUUGUUCGACACCCCGAAUGAUUUUUUGAAUCCUAGUGCCGAGAGAUCUACAUCUUCUCUCAAUGUGGUAUCUCUUCAGUCCACGUUGGACGCGCCGAUCUUGCAGCCAUCGAGGCCGACCACCACUGCUGGGGCGAUCGCGGGUUCAUCGAAGUGGGAUGCUAGGCCGUCCAGUCCCUCUCCAUUGGCCAUAGAUGCCACGAAGUCGACUCCGCAGUCAUUCUUUUUGCCUUCACCACCCUCUUCUCGCUCGCAAACACCCUUUAAUGUCGCGUCUCAGCCUGCUUUUGCUGCACCACAACCUGUAGGUUUUAUAUCUAGCAUGGACAAGACGAGCCGUGGUGAUGGGUCGUCAUCACGAAUUAAAGCGCCUCCAUCGUUUCCGCCUCCGCGCUCGUCGGCGACAAGCCCAGUUGUCACACCCCCGCAACAAUCACCUAGUACGCCUACUUCUUCUAUGCCACUCGCGCAACUGUACCCGAAUGCGCAUAAAGCAAAUAUGGCUGCUAGUUCUGCCGCCGCAAUGAAGGCGGUGAAAACCUUCUCCCUGCCUCCGCCCCCUUCUUUCCGACCACAGAGCUCAAACGCCCUCCCUCCCCCACUGGCUCCACCGCCGUCUGUGUCCGUGCGAAAUUUGGAUGCUCGGAGACCUCCUUCACUACCAUUAAGUUCAUUCGACGAUGAUGACGAAUUCUCUGAUUUCAUGUCCUCAGCUACGAUGCCACCCAAUUCGACACAUUCCUCAGUACCCAGCACAGCAUCACCCACCACCAACAGCCCCUUCUUAUUGAAAUCUCCUACAACGCAACCAUUGAAGGCGCCGCAGUACCACCCCCCCAAGCGCAAGCCAUUCAACAACUUCUCUGAUAUCUACUCUUCGUCUGCCAUAUUGCGAGACUCAAAGGCUCCCUCUAACUUCGAUUCAUCGUCACCCUCAGACUUCCAAUCGCCCACCUCAGCCACCCUCUUCCAGUCUGAUUCUGACUCAUCAUUCCAAUCUCACUCACAUGACGAUAGUUUCUCCUCAGAAAAGUCCUUCCUCACGUCCGGCCAGUCGUCGUUUGGUUUCGACGACAAUGCAAUCUCGCCCGCUCUGCGCACGCCCUCUCCUCCUCGUCCACCGUCAAAGAAGCGUAUACCUCUUGUGCCUUUCUCAUUGUCGAAGCCCACUGGAUCCGAAUUACUGCAGACAGAUGCGAGCUCUAACUCGCGUCUCGACAAGGCUGCAUCACAUCUACACACACUCAACUUAAUGGAACGGGCCGCUGCGCAUCCAGGUCGGUGGCCAGCGCCCCCAUCUCCUGGCUUGCCGGGUCCCAUACCGGGGCCGAGUUCAGCCGUGAGUUUGCCACAGAUAGACCUUUUGGGUGAUGGGUCGCCCAAGAGGCCGAGUGGAGAUCUCCUAUCUUCCUCACAGUCGUCUCCCGCAUUACUGAACCCAGUUCGCGCCACAUCAUCUCUAUCAGGCCUGGGCAUUAGCGCGACUCCGAAGCCGCCCUCUAUGCUGUCUCAUUCGCAGUCGGCGCAGGGCACUGUCUCCGACUUCCAGCUCUUUGGAUCGCCGAUGGGUGGCACCAGCCAGUCGAGUUUGCAGCCUGUGCGGCCUUCGAGUACGGCGCCCGUCCCGUCGAAUACACAGCCCGCAGCGAAGACCGGGGGAUUGUCCGCACAAGAUCUGCUAUUCUUUGAGGGACUGUAG